AUGCUUCAUUAAGUAUUGAUUUAAAUGAUUCGUUUAGAAAUCGAGUAGAAUAAGGAUAAGGUUCUAAUUGAAGCUUUAACAAAGCAAUUAGAAAUCUAAAAAAAUAUAGCAGAAUUCAGUGACCAAGAAUUGAUGAAGGCUCAAGAACAGAUUAUGUCUUAGAAAUAGCGAAUAGCUGAUAUUUUAAAUUUGAUUAUGAUUAAAGGUGAUGCAAAGCAGAUGGAUGACGUAGAGAAGCUACUCUAGAAUAAAGAAUUUUUAUCUCUUUGA